CAGAAGAAUGAUCAUGAUCUUCUUCAACUGCAAGUUUCUGUCCACACCGCCCAAUCAAUCUCAGCCAUAUCAGUAAAUUAUUACAGAAAACCAAACAAAAGCUAUCAUGAACGCCUCCUGUCCACGAACCUCCUCCUCCUCCUCCUCCUUCUUCCCAGAUGUAGUCUUAAAUAUUAAUUGGACUGAAAAAUAAUGGCAUGAUUUUGCAUACUCAAAUCUCAUUACAAGUUUUAAGAAAUCCUAAUAUAAAUAUUUUUAUCACUUUCUCUGAUACUGUACUCUCUCAGUCAGCGCAUAAGGCAUAAUAAAGCCCCCCCGGCACCCCUCCUCUCUCUCUCUCUCUCUGACACACACAGUAUCACGCCUUUUCUUUGUUUUCGCUCGUUCCCCCAAGCUCCGCGGCAUCAUUUUAGGUGUCAAAAUAACGAAGAACAGCGAUCUUCCACAAAGUUGGGGAAAAUUGGCAUUUGGAGGGAUUUAUGACAAUGUUUCCAUAUAUCUUGUCACUGUCUAUGAUUUUGUUUAUUGGUGGACCGUGAAUUAAUAGGAGCUGCAUAGAACUCAAUUGGAUGUAAUAUUUGAUGGGGGAAAGAAAAUUGAAUUUCGGUGCACCACUUUUGUCUGUGAGGCGAUUUUCUUCACCAUCAGCAUCUGAAAAUAGGAGGAAUAGGAAAAUAAUUGAGUAUCCUCUGCCCGACAGACAACUUUCUCUUCCUUUUUAUCAAUCAGAAUUGGACUUGAAUCAAGUAACAGAUGAUGUUGCCGUUCCUUUUCACUGGGAGAAGAUACCAGGAAGAGCCAAGGAUGGCAGUGGACCUGAACCUCUGCCUUCUGAGGAGGCCUCUGUUACUCCAAGGUUUCCUCCUGCAAGGUUUAUGAAUAUUACAAAGCUGCCUUCAGAAAAGGAAUGUGGCAAUACAAAUAGCUUGUGGGGUCAAAUUGUGCCAUAUACUUCAACUGACAAGGAGUGCUCCAGAGAGGGGAUAAAUGAGAAAGGGGGCUUGGGUUUGGAGGACAAUGAUGAUGUGUAUUCUGAUGCACAUGACACACUGUCUCCUACGAAUUCAUUCUCAAUGAACUACAGUGCAAGUGGUCUAAGCGGGUCUGAUGGUCCAGAUGUGAAGCCUUCUGGGACCUUCUCUACAGAUCCACAAACUCUAGAUUUUAUGAUGAGUCGCUUCUUACCCGCAGCCAGGGCAAUGACUUUAGAGCCACCUCGAUAUGCUUCAAGGAAACAAGGUGCUUCCCUUGAGCAACCAAGAAAAGUUAAUAGAGUAGCUAGUGAGGAUAGGUGGCAUUUACUAAAUCAAAAUGGGUCUAACAUAAUACCGUUAUAUGGCCAAAAUGAAGAUGAAGAAGAAAGUGAGGAUGACGAUGAUGAGUACGGUAAUAACUCAGCUAAAGGUUGUGGGCCAUUCCCUGGAUUAUGGUUUAAGAAUUCUCUUUGCCUCUUAAGCCCAAUGCCAGGGAUGAAAGUAAGGACCCUAUCUCAUGAGUCUUCCACACGCGAGAUUGUAAGACCAAGUAAAACUGUUCGAUCUCAAAGUCAAAUUGUCCAAAAGCAUGGUUGGAAUGCUGUGGAUAAGUCCCAAUCAGACUAUAGAGUUCGAUCAGGUAAACUGCAGAAGGUUGAUAAAAAGCAGAAUGUUGAAUAUAGUCGGUUAACACGUUCUGGAGAACUGCAAACAUUGGGUAGGUCUUCUCCAUACACACGUUCACAGGGUGCUGGAGUGUCUCCGUACAGGAAUGAAGCGCCUCAGUCUCCCUUUCGCAGUGGUGAACUGCAGAAGGUUGAUAAAAAACGGAAUGGUGAAUAUAGUCGGUUAACAUGUUCUGGAGAACUGCAAACAUUGGGUAGGUCUUCUACAUACACACGUUCACAGGGUGCUGGAGUGUCUCCCUACAGGAAUGAAGCACCUCAGUCUCCCUUUCUCAGGGGUGAACUGCAGAAGGUUGAUAAAAAGCGGAAUGGUGAAUAUAGUCGGUUAACAUGUUCUGGAGAACUGCAAACAUUGGGUAGGUCUUCUCCAUACACCCGUUCACAGGGUGCUGGAGUGUCUCCCUACAGGAAUGAAGCACCUCAGUCUCCCUUUCGCAGUGGUGAACUGCAGAAGUUUGAUAAAAAGCAGAAUGGUGAAUAUAGUCGGUUAACAGGUUCUGGAGAACUGCAAACAUUGGGUAGGUCUUCUCCAUACACACGUUCACAGGGUGCUGGAAUAUCUCCCUACAGGAAUGAAGCACCUCAGUCUCCCUUUCGCAGUGGUGAACUGCAGAAGUUUGAUAAAAAGCAGAAUGGUGAAUAUAGUCGGUUAACAGGUUCUGGAGAACUGCAAACAUUGGGUAGGUCUUCUCCAUACACACGUUCACAGGGUGCUGGAAUAUCUCCCUACAGGAAUGAAGCACCUCAGUCUCCCUUUCGCAGUGGUGAACUGCAGAAGGUUGAUAAAAAGUGGAAUGGUGAAUAUAGUCAGUUAACACAUUCUGGAGAACUGCAAACAUUGGGUAGGUCUUCUCCAUACACACGUUCACAGGGUGCUGGAGUGUCUCCCUACAGGAAUGAAGCACCUCAGUCUCCCUUUCGCAGUGUCAGUUUCCUUGGCCUUCCCAAAGAAAUUGAGACUUUCAAGGCCAACAGGUUUAGUUUGUGUAAUGAAGGCAGCAAUAAAAAUAAGCAAAGGUCAGGCCCAAUGAGUUCUGCAGUUGAGAAGACACUGUAUGUAGACACUGUGAACAAUGCAAAAUUAUCAUUUUCAAAUUCAAGCUCCUCAGUCACCCAGGAAUGGAUAGACUCUGCUCAUGAGGAUUUGGAAAAGUCUUUAGAGAGAAGAGGGUCGGAAGAUACUACUAACACAGAAUCCAUUUUCCAAGAUAUAAAAUGCCUAAAUAUUUCAAAUAAAGGAGCCACAUUAGAUGCCUUUGUGUCUGUUGAUGCUGAUAUAUCUUCUUUGUCUGCAAUAUCACAUCCGAAAGGCCAAGAAGUCACAAUUGAGGACUCUGGACAGAAUCAAGGGAUUGAUAGAAGAUCUAGCCUGGAAUGCUCAAAACUGACUACUGUUGGAAAUCUAAAUAUCAGCAGUGAUCAGAUUCUUAAAGCAGAUGGUCCAGGAAAUGCUGAUGCUAGUUCUGUAUCCAUCCACCCUCCUUUACCAAAGUCACCUUCUGAUUCUUGGCUUUGGCGUACACUGCCUAGUCUGCCUUCCAUUUCCUCACGAAAGCAGGAAUAUAAGACAUCAUCCACUAAUACCAAGUGGGAAGCAAUUGUAAAAUCAUCUCAUUUGCAUCACGAUCAUGUUCGUUAUUCGGAGGAGUUAAUUACUCAUAUCCCAGCAACCCAAAACCUACUGCAGAGGCCGCCCUGAGAAGUGCUUAUGCUUGUUGGCUUGUUUGGGAAGUUUGGUUUUGAAAGGGCAAAAUCUAGUAUAUUUCUUCCUUCCUUCCUAUCAUUUCACCUGGUGGUUCUCCUACACCUAGCUUCUUCUCAAGAUAUGUUAGAUAACUCCUGGACAGAUCUUGUGGUGCAUGCUAUGGAGCUUGGCAGCUUUAGAGACAGAAAUCUCAAGGCAUCUGCGAUUCUUUCUUUUCUUGGUUCUGUUAAGAACACGGAGAAAAUACCAUGUAACAUAGUAAUGUUGCUGUAGUUUUUCUGAAAAAAAAAAAAAAAAAAAAAAUUUGCAGGGGAUGUAGUAAUUUAUCUCAUUCUAGUUCAAUUUUAUGAAUA